AUGGGCAAGUCAAGCGGGAAACGUCACAAGCAGUCUCGAUAUCGGCACGUUCCGCCGCUAUUGAGUACAUGCAGAGAGGAUGGCCUAUGGCAGAGCAUCGAACGGGACGAAGAGGACUUGAUAUCGUGUUUCGAAGAGCAUCGUAUUGUCUCUGUCGACGAUUCGUCUCUGGCGGCCAAGGAAAGCGACCUUACUGGGCAACAUACAACCCACGGUCACUACCAGCCUCGCCAACACGACCCGGCAACAACAGCCACCCCCCACACCCCAGAUCGACAUUCUACCCCAAAGGCAACGCCUUCGAAUACAAGCCAACAGUCACCAAGCCAUCGUCUCACAACACCAACCAGAGCUGACUUGCUCGCCAGAGUCCUCAAUUGUCCCCUACCACACCCAGGUCUACCCACGCCGGGGGAUCUUUCCGCAGAUAUAUCCCAGCCUGUGCUGCCAAGCCCAGGAGAAGCUCAGCGCGGACCGAAAAGGCGCAGAGGAAGACCCAGAAAGCCACACAAUGCUCCCAACUGGAACAAACGGCGCCACGUCCGCUUCUCCGAUCCUAUACCUGCCGAGCCAGAGCCCCGGGCGGAAUCUCAAGACCCACACAUAUUCGUCCGACUCCUUAAGAUCACCGUCAGCCUUGAGGGCUCAUUUCCAGUACAGCGUCAGGAGCUGAUUUGGAACAAUCGCGCCAAGGGGUGGAGGCUGGCCGGCGAGAGGAGCGAGCAGAAUAUUGGGGAUAUCGCUGGGUUGCUGGAUGAUAUGUCGCAGCAUGGCUCCAUGCUGAAGGUACUUCUUGCCCCAACUGAAGGACGAGGAGCUCGAGAGCCGAUGGAAAUAGGUUGGAACGUCGCUAGGUACUGUUUUCAUGGCUCCAAUCAGGAUCUGGGGAGCUUGUCGGUCACCUUGGGCGAGAUGAAGGAUAUGGUCAAAGAUCCGUGGGCGAGACAAUUUGUUGGGUGUAUAGGCUAA